AUGUCGAAUCCGCCGCCGGCGCCAUCACACGUCGGAUUCCCGCAGGCUUUCGGUCAACAACAAUAUCAGCAUGUUCAACAGUUUUCGCAAUUCGCACAACCGCCACAAGCGGCACCGCCGAUGAAUAAUGGGUAAUUUUUGGAGGGAUUUAUAGAUUUUGACCCUCUGCUGUUCAAAACUGCUUAGCUCUACUCUAAACAUGAGUUGUGACGUGGCAAAGUUCGAAAUCGUUGAUGUUUAUUGAUUUUUCUACAUAAAAAUCAUCUUCAGGGCUUUCUAAUUUUGCCACGUCAUAACUCAAGUUCAGAAUUGAGUAAACCCCCAAGAUAUUCCCCUAUAAAAUCGUAUUUUUUUCAGAACACCCGCUGCCAAACCAACAUACGCAGCAAAUCCCUUCCCAUUUCCAACAACAUCUCAACCAAACGGCAAUCAUCAAUAUCAACCACAAUAUUCUCAGCCUCCCCAGCCUCCAGCACCAAAUGGCCAUCAUUAUUCCGGUUUUCCACAAGCACCAUUCCAAAAUGGCAGUGCAGCCGCAGCUCCUCCUCCACAACCGCUGCAAAAAACUCCAGUUUUUGCGCCAGCUGCACAAUAUUCUGCACCACCUCCACCUUCGCAGCAAUUUUCAGCGCCUCCUGGACCACCGCAACAAUUUUCAGCCCCACCACCGCCACAACAAUUCCAACAGCCCCAAAAACCAUCACCAAUACCUGGAUAUCCUCAACCACCGCAGCUUCAACAACAACAAAUGCAGCAACCCCAAAAUUAUCAGCAACAACAACAAAUGCAGCAACAAUUUGGACAAAUGAAUAUGGGAGGACCUGGAGCCCCUAAUCAAGCAUCAAAUCAAUUCCGAAGUGAUGUUAUCGAUCUAAUGGCUGAAAGGAAUAUUCAACAAUAUGGUUUUGAAGAUAUCGACGUCUCGCUGCCUACACAAUUAGCGAAUCCAUCGGCAAAAAUUGAUCCGGCAAUUUUUCGAUCAACACUUCAAAAUAUUCCACAAUCGGAAGAAUUGUUGAAGAAAAAGUCGACUACCAUUUGCAAUCACUUUACAUCCAUUUAGAGAUGUCAAGAAUUUGAAUAUUAUUCAAACUACAAAUAUUGUUAGAUGUCGAUAUUGUCGAACUUAUAUUAAUCCAUAUGUUAUAUUUCCUGAUCAUCGACAUUGGAGAUGUAAUUUAUGUACGCGGGGGAAUGAUUGUAAGUUUUGAAAUAAAAUUUUAUGAUAAAAAAUAAAAUUUUUAUCUCAAAAAAAUUAUAAAAAUAAUCCCUUGUUCCAGUACCUGAUGAUUUUUGCUGGGAUCCAACAACAAAAUCGUUUGGCGACCCACGAAAUCGUCCCGAAAUCCAAAACGCCACUGUCGAAUUCAUCGCCCCUUCCGAAUAUAUGCUUCGCCCACCACAACCUGCUGUCUACGUGUUCCUCAUCGAUGUCAGCAUCUCUGCAAUACAAUCUGGCUAUCUUCGAGCGUUUUCCGAGCAACUCAUCGUGAAUUUGGAUCAAAUGCCUGGAGAUGAUCGAACGCAAAUCGCUUUUAUUGCCAUUGAUCAAUGUCUACAUUUUUAUUCGUUUAAUUCGACGAAACGCGGACCUUCGGAAAUGGUUGUUGAUGAUAUUGAUGGUGAGCGGGGCGGUUUUUUGGGAUCCGGGCAAUUCUGAUCCAAAAUUGGUCAUCAAUUUUGUCAGAAAUUGAUCAAAUGCUCAGAAAAAUCGUUAUGUUUUGUGCUGAAAAUGAAGAAAUUGCUCAAAACUGAGAAUUUCAUCAUUUUCAGCACUAAAUUUUAGUCUAGAAGGUGAUUUUUGGGUUCCUGAAAGUCUUGUUGAAUUGUCGGAAAUCUCAGGUUCCCUUAUUUUUAGUCAAAAAAAAUUCCAGACGCGUUCGUUCCAACUGCCACCUCAUUAUUAGUGCCAUUAAAAACUUACAAAGAUGUUAUCCGAACUUUUAUCAAAGACAUUCCUUCGAUAUUUUCUGUUGGACCAACUUCAAAUGGAAAUUGUGUUGGAUCAGCGCUCAAAAUUGUCCAUUCAAUGAUUGUAGGUUUUAUUUUCUUUCUCUUCUUUGAAGUCCUCUAAAUUUCAGGCUGAAAUCGGAGGACGGAUAUCGAUUUUCCAAGUCAGUAUGCCGAAUUUAGGCCCUGGAGCGCUGAAAAAUCGAGAAGAGCCGGGUGAAAAAGGCGGCCAGAAUCUUGGUCCGGCCACGGAUUUCUACAAAGCUUUAUCGCUGGAAUGCACCGGGAAUCAAGUUUGUAUCGAUUUGUUUAUGUUUAAUUCGACGUAUGCUGAUAUUUCGACGCUUUGUGAGUUUUUUGGGUAGGGAAACAUCGGGUAGGGAAACAUCCUCAUUUUGCUUAGAAAAUACCUCUAGAAUCUGAAAAUUCACAAGAUUUCAGCCCAGAAAGUUCUUAGCAUCAAAUUUGGGCUCAUUUUGCUCAGAAGACCUUGAAAAAAAUGAAAUUCAGAAUUUUUUUUUGGCUUUUCAAACCGUUUUGAUAAAUUUUGGUCCAAAAUUCUGAAAGUUUCAAACCAAUCGUUGUGGGCCAGAGUACAGUUUUUGAAAAUAUCUGAAUUUUCAGAGGUCCAAAAACUGAAAAUUAACAGUUUUUAAAUUGAAAAAAGGUUACAAUUUUCCUAAAACCUCGGAAAAAUACGUUUCAAAAAAAAUGUAAAAUUUGAAAAUAUCGGAAACAAAUCGAUACUUCCGUUGACAAAAUUGUAUCAUUUUGAAAAAAAACAAACCUAAAAAUUCGAAGGUCCCGAAUUUCCGGUUUUUUGAAAUUAUCUUCAAAUUGGAAUAUGUAGAACUCGUUUCCAAUAUUCAAAUUUCAAUUAUCUAACUUCAAAUUUGGUUUUUGCAGCCGAAGUCGCAAAAUUCUCAACGGGAUGUGUCUAUGUGUUCCCCAACUAUAACAUUGCUCAAGACGCCUAUCAAGUCAAACGAUUCGAAAAAACGUUCACCAGAUAUCUGACCCGCAAAAUUGGAUUCGAAGCAGUCUUGAGAAUCAGAACAACUCGUGGAUUGAGCCUCUCCGGAUUCCAUGGAAAUUUCUUUGUCAGAUCCACUGAUUUGCUCGCCUUGGCAAAUGUGAAUCCAGAUUCAGCACUUGCUGCGCAAGUUGCGCUGGAAGAAAAAUUGCCGGGACAUGUUUGCUUCCAAUCUGCAUUGCUCUAUACAUCAAGUAAAGGAGAUCGACGAAUUCGAGUGCAUACAAUGUGCCUGCCAACAACUGGCGACUUGCUCCAAUUAUACAAUCAUUUCGAUCUCAAAGCCACUGUCUCAUAUUUAUCCAAAAUUGGUGUUGAUCGCGCAAUGGCUGGCGGAGCAUUGUCGGAUUCGCGCGAAGCGUUGGUGAAUGCGGUGGUUGAUAGUCUAGGAGCAUAUCAGAAGGCAAUGUCGAGAGGUGGAAGUAUGCUUGUGCCGAGAAGUGGACAUUUGAGAUUGUUCCCCAGUUAUGUUCUGGCGCUAUUGAAACAUGUGAGUUUUUGGGAGUUGAUUGUUUUGGAUCAAUUUUUCAAUUUCAGACAAUUUUCAGAUAGAAAAACGUUAAAAUGUGACUGGAAAUUUAAAAUUUUCAGACAAUUUUUCAGUUUCGAAAGUGUUCUAAACGUCCAGUUUCAAGUCCGAGCUUUCAGACAAUUGCUCAUAUUAGGAAAUGUAAAAAUUUACCCGAGAACCUCCUGAAAAAUGCUGAAAAUCAAAUCAAAUUUGAUUUUCAGACAGAUUUUCAGCAGUUUCAGGCGUACUAUUGAAAUAUUAAGGAAACGUUGUCUGAAAAUCCAGUUGUAAAUCUGAAAUUUCAGCUUGAGAACAACCCCCACCUGAAUGAUUUUUGGAAAAUUCAGAUUUUCUGACAAUGAGCUGAGAGAAUAAUGGCUAAAAUUGGUCUGAUAAACUUAAAUUUCAGCUUAUUUUCAGCAUGUUUGAGGUGGGUUGUUCUCAAGCUGAAAUUUUCGAUUUAAAACUGGAUUUUCAGAGAAAUUUUCGCUAAACUUUCAAUAGCUUAUUAAUCUGCCGAAAAUAAGCUGAAAUUCAAGUUUUUCAGAUCAAUUUUAGCCGUCAUUCUUUCAGCACAAAAAAUCUGAAUUUUCCAAAAAUUCAAUCAAAAAUUGUUGAUUUUUGAUUAUUUGAAACUUAAGAAAGCACAGAAACCUCCAAAUCCAAAAAUUAACCAAAUCAAUUUUCAAAUUUCAACAUUUUCAGCCGGCAUUUUCAUCUGCUCGUGGAUUGAAACUCGAUGAACGAGCCGCCGCCAUGAUGAUGCUCCGAUUUUCGCCGCUCGAACAAAUUCUAUCGGAUAUCUAUCCGAGAUUAUAUCGAUUGAACGAUUUGGCGGUGAGUUUUUUGAAGGUUUUACUGAAAAUUUCGGUCUGAAAACUUGACUGAAAUUCCAAAAUUACAGCUGCCAACGUGUUGUGAUGAAUCGAGUUGGCCACAUCCACUUGCACUAUCUUUUGAAUAUAUCCAACGCGAUGGAAUUUAUAUGUUGGAAGCUGGAAAUGCGGCCUAUGUCUAUAUCUCAUCGCAAGCUGAUCCACAAUUUUUGCAACAAGUAUUUGGUGGAAAUUAUCAAGAGAUUCACGAGAAUUCGCUCAUCGAACGAGACAAUGAUGUGUCGAGACGAGUUUUUGCAUUCUUCAAACAUGUCACACUUUUCCGAUUCUAUCUUGGACCGAUUGUUAUUAUCAAGUGGGUUUUGUUUUCUGGGAAUUUUAGUGUCCUAGUUUGAUCUGGAGCUGAAAAAAAAACCUGAAAUCUAGGUUUUUCAAAUUUAAAAUUCAUUUUGUUGCUCUUGAAAUUGUUGGCAAAUUGAGCCUUUUUAUAAGCUUUAUUUUUUUUUUAAAUAUUUUUGAAACGUAUUUUUUCGAGGUUUUGAAACUUGAAAUUUUUGGUUUAAAAUUAAGCUGAAAACCACCGAUAUCUGACAUUUUCAAGUUAACAAGUUAAUAUAAGUCAUUUUGUAACUCUUCAAAUUAUUUGCAAAAUGAACCUAAACUUGAUUUUUUGAUUUUAGCUGAAAAUUGGAUUUUUUAUCUAGAAUUAGAGUCAAUUUUUCAAAGAAAAUUACGAGAAAAUCCCAAAAAUUCUUCCAAAACUCGAUUUUUUGCAGAGAACACGCUGCAAAUCGUGAAUUGUUUGUUCGUCGACUUGUUGAUGAUCGAACCGAAUCAACUCAUUCUUACAUUGAAUUUUUGCAACAUUUAAAACGAGAAAUCAAUAAUUAG